GAUAGAUCCCCCGUUGUCUACUAGCUGGCACUGUCAUCCACGUGCUUUUCAUGGACGACGUCUGGAGGCUGCCGCUGCUGCUGCUGGUCGUCCUAUUGCUCCUCCUCUUGGUUGUCUUCCACGUGUGCAUCCUCGGCGGCCUUCCGCGACGUGGCCGCAGAAGGAGGUGUGUGAAGAGCAACGACAGAAUGGAGGGCCGGAGGGCGAUCAGUGGGUCCGCAGGGGGGUCUGGGCACAGCCCGUCGAAUAGUCGAAGGCCGUCGGAGCGGACCGGGCACGCGCACCUGCCUCCGCACUUGCAACCUCUGCCUGACACGGACGACGAGGAAGGGGACGAUAGACGGUCACGGACCGUGCCACUGGGAAGCGGAUCCACCCAGGAGUGGGCGGCUACAGAGCUGUUUGGAAGCCGCGACGGCGGUAAAGGGCAGUCGUACACCGAGCUCCUCCAGCAGGGUCUCAGCGACACCGAUGGCGAUGGCGGCGUGAAUCUGUCGUUUGGACUCGGCAGCGGGAGGUCGGCAGCCGUCUCUCGAACGGUCGUCGUAAACCCCCAUCCCGACGACGAUGGCGGCGACGUGACGGCUGUUCAGCGAUCACCUAGGUCUCCAGCGCCGCUGCGGGAGGCUUCGGGGAACAACAAGGAUCCUCCUAGGCAGCAAUUUCGGUCGCCGUCUGUGUGUGGGGGUGCCUCCGCUCGCCCCCAGUGGAUGCAGUCUCCGUCUCCACUGUCCGCCGGUUCGAGUGCAGGUCGUCGUCUUGGUGAGUGUAGGGAAACGGCGCCUGCCGUUGCUGAUGUUGGUGACGCACGUGACGGAAGGGAGGUGUGGGCAGAACAGCGACGGUUGAUGAGGUCGGUGCGGGAGGAGUCCAUAACUCGUGGGGUGCAGCGAUUUCUCGUUGGGGAAGACGGACACGACGGCGAGGAAGCAGUGGGGGACGCGCACGACCCCGACUGGAACGACAACGGCGCUGAAGGUGGGGAGGACGACGCAGGCUACAUUUCGCCGUCGAAGCAGGCGGCCGCUAUGGGGGGGAGGGGGGGGAAGACAAAGUCGUGUGCUGGUAAUGGUCGUCGGGGCAAAAGGACGGCAGGCAGGGGCAGCGAUGCCGAAGGUGACGCCGAUGGUGAAGGAGGUCGUCACUUCUGGUCCGUCGACGACAUUAUAGCCCUCAUCCGGGCUAAUCGUGAUCAGGAUGCGCAUUUGCAGGGGAUGGGCCACGCGUACGCUCGGAUGAAGCCGCGAGAAUGGAAGUGGCUGGAUGUGGCGACGAGGUUGAAGAAGGUGGGCGUCGACAGAGAGGCCAAUCGAUGCGGGAAGAAGUGGGACAAUCUGAUGCAGCAGUUCAAGAAGGUUCAUCAUUUCCAAGGACUGUCCGGGAAGCAGGACUUCUUCCAAUUGUCUGGGAAGGACAGGAUGUCGAAGGGCUUCAACUUCAAUAUGGAUCGUGCGGUUUACGACGAGAUACUGGGGUCGACCGCGAAGAACCACACCAUAAACCCGAAGAACGUCGCGGACACUGGCGCUCAGGGUGGUGUGCGUCUGCUAUCCGCCUCCUCUGCGGAUCCUGAAUCUGUGGGCGACGGCGACGGUGGUGCAGAGCAUGACGACGACGACGACGGGUCCACGAAAGAUUCUUCGCAGACGACGGGUGGCGCAGGCGGUUUCGGCAAGAGGAAGAGCACGAGGCAGCAAACUUUUGAGGCAAUGACGGAGUGCAUGGAGACGCACGGGGUGUAAUGGUGUCAACGAUGGAGAGCAACAACAAAUGUCAUUGCUCCAU